AGCUUUUGUGAUGCUGACACUCUUGCAACACAUGAUUGUUCUUGGCUUAUAUCACCAAGACUGUUCGUACAAGGCAUUUAAAUUGUCAAGUGUGUUUCACAAUGCAAGAACUACAAAUCGCUGAAACAACGUCAAGUGCACAAAAAAGCGGAUUGUGUGCAUGCUUGAUCUGCAUAAAUUCAAGUUAGAGUCGAAGAAUUGUGCAAAGUCUGUGACCACGCCCGUUUUUCACGAAACACCAAGACUGCUGUAAUGUCCAUCCCACAAUCAUUUGACACAAACCUAGUACUGCAGCACACCCUCAAAGAUGCAAGUAGUGCCAUCAUUGGACUUGGAGGCGACAGACCUACACCAGAGGUUGUAGUGGACAGGAUGCUUGGUGAAGGGGGCUAUAAUGAAGUUUUUUUGAUAUCUUGGCUCUCAGGCUGGGACGACUCCACAGGAUCCAAGUCUUUCGCUUUACGUAUUCCGAAACCAGAUUCUCUCCUGCCUCAUCAGAUAUUAAACGAGGUCGCUUCCAUAUCCUUGAUAUCUGCACGUUGCCCCAAUAUUCCAGUCCCCAAGAUAUACGCAUUUAGCGCUGACGGACCGAACCCAUUCAUCGCUCAAGAAUAUGUCGAUGGCGAGCCUUUGAGUACUAUAUGGAGUCGCUAUACCGAGAUGGAGAAGCAUUCAGUCGCCCUGAAGAUCGCUGAGAUAAUUGUUGAUAUGGCGGAGACGCGUUUCAGUGCUAUAGGCGGGAUUGCCAGUCCCACAAGCUAUACCCUUGGACCGACCGUUGAGGGAAGCAAGUUCUUCAAGGGACGCAGCAAAUUUCACUCCAAUAGAUGCUACCCCAUCGGUCCAUACAAAACCACAAAGGAAUACAUUCUCGCUUGCUACGACAAAGAGAUAUACUAUUAUACCCAUGCCCCCGAGUCCGAUAUCGAUUCCGGUCUUUUCGAGAUUACGUCUGUCGAAGAUUUUGUGCAGCAACUACGAGAUAAGAAGCGUCAGCUAGAGACUAGCUUCGUUACUGAAGACGAGCCAUUUGUGCUCGUGCAUGGAGAUUUUCACGGUCGGAAUAUCAUGAUGCAUGGUACGCAGGUACAAGCUGUCCUUGAUUGGGAGUUUGCAGGUGCAUAUCCUUUGGGUGAGCUAUUAGGAGGGAUGGGAGUCGAUGUCGUGGAAGUCGAGGACGAUAAAUCAGAAGAGGAGAGUGUAGUCUGGAGCAGAAAGAUUGUGCGUAGGGUCGAAGAGAUGGCGAGACAAAGAGGGUGGGAUGCGAAGGAGUUAGCGCUGUUAUUGGGCGAUGGAGAUCCUGUCCUCGGUGAAGCAAGGAUGGAAAUGUUUCCGGCUGAGUACUGAAUAAUAUGCUGGAUAAGUUCUUUUCUUUGUAACUUUUCCUUGGUUUUGUUUCGAAUCUGACGCCACGGU